AUGGCUUGCGCCAAGCAUUUCGAACCCUGUCGUCUGUGGUGGACAGAUGCUGCUCAAGAGAUUCAUGGUACCUUUGUUUCAGAAGUGUCAUCAAGGCUAGCAGGCAUCACUGGCCUGCAGGCUUCUAUCACCUUUCAGCCGGUGACCAAAUCCUUCCUCCAAAGAAGCGUUGACAGUGGAGGCAAUCCUCAGGGCAUUGACGUUCUAAAGGCACCUUUCUUCUGGAUGGUCGAGAACUGGACAUGUUCAAACGCUUCUGAUGACGGCGCGGUCCAGGCUGCUGCGGAUGCGAUAACCGCAGACAUCAAUGCUCUUCUGGCUCAGAAGCCUUACAGCGCUACAUACCUCUACAUGGACGAUGCUGGCAAGGGACAGCGCGUCUUCCAAAGCUAUCCAGCUGCGAAUCUCCGAAAGCUCAAGUUGAUUCGCACCAAGUACGAUCCACUGAGGAUUUACACAAAUUUGCUUGUUGGAGGGUACAAGGUUGCGGAUGUAUGA